AUGAAGACAGCUGGAGUUGUUCUGCUGUUGCUGUGGUUCGGACAGGUUUUGAUUGCAGCAGAGAAUCCAGAAGUCCAAAACACAAACACAGGCAAAGAUGCCGCACAACAGUCUGACAUUCACACUGUGUUGAGAGAGACGAGCAUCCUCAUCACAGAGCAGGGAGCAGAGCUCAAAUGCACCAAGACACAACUAGAGACUGUGCAGAAGAAGGCAGAAGACAUGGAGAAGAAGACAGAUGUCAUGGAGAGCAGACUGAGGGCCAGUGAGAAGACAGUAGAAGAGAUGGAGAGUCUUGUCAACCAACUGAAGACGGAAAAUAAGGUUCAAUCAGCGUAUCUAAAUGCCACUGUGACGGCUGUAUCAGAUCUGAAGAGGGAGAGAGCUCAGAGCAAGGUGUCAUUCUUUGCCUUACUGCUUGGAGAGGGUGGUAGAGAACAUUCAGGGAUCGGUACGCUGGUGUUUCAAGUUCCCAUCACUAACAUUGGCAACGCCUACAAUCGCCAAGAUGGGAAAUUCAGAGCUCCAAUCAGAGGAGUCUACUCGUUUGCUGUGUAUAUAUAUGGGCACGGCCGUAAGAACAACCCUGUAGGAGUCUCACUGUGAAAAA